AUGAUUCGCAAUCGCGACAUUUUUGCGGUGAUCCUUCUCGUGAUUCUUUCACGAAUGGCGUACGAUGAAAGCUCGGAAUCCCUGAGUGCCACCGUCAGUCUUGCCUUUUUCCUUCCUCGAGACGCCAAAACAACGGCCUCGGUGUUGACACCAAUGGAUGUGGAUGGCGAUGGAGUCAAUGAAGCACUCGCCAUGGUCAAGCGAAAGCCUGAUAACAACAAGGAAUGGGUAUUGGAAAUUCUUGACUUGAAGAAACUCCACCAACGGAAUGUGGGAACGUUUAUGGCACCUUUUCAACCAAAGAGUCUAUUUACAUCAGAACCCGUCACUUUUUCUACAGAUACUAAUGCGUAUCCCGUGCAGCUGACUUCAGCACAUCUCGUCAUUGCCGAUCCUGAAGCAGGCGUGAAGAAGGGUGUUCAUCCCGAUGCCGUCAAUAACAAUGACAUUAACGACACCAAUCGUCACUACUUUUGUGGAAAGGACUGGCAUGAUGCGACGGAAAGGUGUGGGACUCCCUGUCCCGGAGGACAAUCUUCCGAAUGUCCAGAUGACGAACGAUGUUUUGCCGACACCCCUUGCGAUAUUCUGAAUUAUGCUGGUUCGGAGGAACAAGAAAACAAUCCCAAGGAAUUCAUGUUGACUCCUGGUGGGGGACUUCCAAGUUUGAUUACACUGUGGUCCAAUGGAGAUGUCACUUUGCACAGCCUAAUGAUUCCAGCGGACCAAGUUGCACAGGAAAUGGAAAACAGGCGACGCAAUCGAUACUUAAAGCCUAAUUUGCAACUCAAAGAACAGUGGAAUGUAAACAUUCUUCCAUCAAGUGUCAAGGUUACCGACUUUACCUUGUGGGAAGAAUACAGCAUUGAAUUUUUGGAUGCGCAAUCCAGUCACCAUGCGAGUGCUCCGAACGGAAUGAUUGUCAUUAGUGGAUUCUACUACGUGGAUGGGCUUUACAAGACUGGAAGUGACUCCUUUGUGCUCACAAUAGAUGCUCUGACUGGCAAGGUAAUAUGGGACAACUUUAUCAAUGCGGAAUUGUUUGGCGAUAUGGAAAUGAUGCUGCCACUGACCAGAGGGACCACUUCAUUUGCUCGACGUCGAUCAAGGAUACCCUCCCUCAAGGAUUCAGAUGAUCCCAUGGGAAUUGUGGAAGCCUUGCCCACGUGCAAUAACAUUCUCAAACACCACAUGAAGGAACUUCUUCCAUUUUCAUUCUGGGGUCCACGUGAUGCCAGUGUACAAGCUGUUCAUUUGGACUUGAAGCGAAGAGAUCACCACAGGAGUCAUCAUUCCGUUAAACACAGCACCAGAAAGGAAGAUUCUAAAUAUACUGACCACCGCAACAACCACAAGAGAAAGCGACAUUCGAAACACCUCCAUCCAAUCCUUGGUCGACCCAAUGCACUCGUCAUACAAUCCCGAAAGGGUUUGCAGGUUAGAUCACUCAAGAAUGGAUCGCCAAUCUGUCAUAUGUCCCUCUUGGAAGAGACUGUGUAUACCGACUUGAAUAAUGAUGGAAUCAUGGACCAGGUGCAAAUUCUCUUGGAUGCCAAGGGCGAUAUUCCCAGUAAUUCUAAUUGGGUCAAGAAUGUCCAAGAGAAGGUCCUGAACAAACGAAGAGAGCUCAAAGAUAAGGGCAACUCGAAAGAGCUCUUGAAAAAUGCUCCACGCAUUUGCCACGCCAUGGCAUUGUCAGGUGUGCCAGCCAAUGAAGAGCUCUUUUCAACUUCUCUAUGCACUGCCACUCGUGGCAGUGGUGACAUGAACCAUGUGUCUAAUCUGCCAAGUCUCAUGUCCCUGGACAAUACUGCACCGAUUAUUGUAGAGUCUUUGGCAGGCCGCAAGAAUACUCGGGACAUUAUUGUGGCCCUCAACAAUGGCAUGGUCCAUCGACUCCAAGGGCGAUCAGGUCGUCGCGAAUGGACAACGAUUGGAAGCCAGUAUUCUGGAAACUUUCCCACUUGGUCUGCCGAGAAGGAUGAAGAUGACGAUGAGGACGAUGAUAAUAAUGCUUUGUUGAUACGAGUCCCAUCGGUGAAUGUGGGUCCAGCAAUUCAACCAAUUUUACUGGCUGGUGAGAACAGCAUGGCGGUACUAUCGGUCAAGAAUGGUGGCGUGCUGGCAUCGGCCGAAUUCGCUCAAACCUCCAUUGAACGCCCCAUUAUUGCCGAAGUGAGUGGUGAUGGUACGGCCGAUGUCUUGGUUGUGAGUCAUGAUGCCAUUUGGGGAUACCAAGUGUCAGUCUAUCCUGGAUCCAAGGCCUUCCUUCGCAUUAUGACGGGGCUCUUGUAUAUGGGACUCUUGUUAGCGCUCCUAUCGAAUCGUUUUGGUGAAAACAAGAAGGACAAGCGUAGUACUGACAUAUGA